AUGAAAUUCAGCUACGUCACCUUUGUGCCAAACAAACAACAACAACAACAACAACAAGUGAAGGGAAAACGAUCCAAACCACUCACCAUGGUCUCUUAUUUUACAGACACUGCAAGAAACUCAUGUUCUGAUCCAUUUGAUGGAUCCAUGGAUUUGUCUCUCCAUUUCAAUGUUGAAACUGAAUUGCCCUCUUCGACACGUCGUCAUGUACCUCCACCUGUGCAGAUUGCAAUGAAUCCUCCUCUUCCUCCUUCAUCGCCUCAACAUUCUCCAAAACAAACCUCAAAACCUAUAACUCCUGAACCAAUUGAGGCAAUUCUUUCAAUUCCUGUCCUUUCUCCAAACACACUUCCUCAGAAUGUGUUUGAAAGUGCACAUGGCAAAACAGUCUUGUGUCGAUCAGCUCGUCAUCGAAAACCUCGUUUUGAAGCUCGUCCAAAAAAGGAAGUUUGUAAUCGAGAACCCACAACCCAACGAAUGAGUUCAAAAAUUAGCAAGUCACAACACCAUUGGGGUCGAAACACACUUACAACCACCAAUCAUUUCUCGACAGUACUCUCACACACAGACAUCCAACAAGCAAUUCUUGUUGUUUCUAACAGUCGUGGACAACGUGAAGAAACAAAAGAAACCUCCUCUCUCAUUCAAAAUUUGAAUCUCAAUAAGGAACAAGCACUUCCAAACACCACAUCAUGCAGAGGUUCUUCAGUUUUGGCUGAAACAACAGUCUCGAGUCCAGCAGUGCCAAAAAAAGUAAGAACCUCCAUUUCCAUAUUCGAGUUGUUGAAUCCUGAAGAAUAA